AUGUCUACCUCCCAAUCUCUCGGGGACGAGAACGACGCCAGUAUCGACCUGAACGAGCGUCGGCGCGCCGCCCUCGCCGAGAUUGACAACGCCAAAUUCUCAUGGUUCUACGUCAAGGUCGUCUGUGUUGCCGGUGUCGGGUUCUUCACGGACGCCUAUGAUAUCUUCUCUAUCUCCAUCGUUGCGACCAUGUUGGGCAUUGUUUACAAUGACGCAUUGAUGAAGUUCGAUGCCAACCCAACCCUUGCAGUCAACCAAGAUCUCGGUAUCAAGGUCGCUACACCGAUAGGCAACAUCGUCGGCCAGCUCCUGUUCGGUUGGCUCGCAGACGUCGUUGGCCGCAAGCGCAUGUACGGCAUCGAGCUCAUCAUCAUCAUCUUCACCACUUUCGCUCAGGCUGUCUCCGCCUCAGGCCUCGGUCUUUCUAUGACCGGAGUCAUCGUAGUAUGGCGUUUCCUGCUCGGUGUCGGCAUUGGCGGAGACUACCCUCUCUCGUCGGUCAUCUCAUCCGAGUUCGCAUCUACACGUAUCCGAGGGCGCAUGAUGACUGCCGUAUUUGCUUUUCAGGGAUGGGGCAACCUUGCUUCGGCCAUCGUCUCUGUCGCGGUUAUUUCAGCGUACAAGGACCGCAUCGAGGACCCCGAGCACACCCUCAAGUCGAUUGAUCAAAUCUGGCGCUUCAUCAUCGGCCUCGGAUGUGUGCCUGCCGUCGUCGCUCUCUACUUCCGCCUCACAAUUCCGGAGACGCCGCGCUUCACGAUGGAUGUUGAGCGCAAUGUGACUCAAGCAAGCGAGGACAUCGACGCAUCAUUGACUAACAGCAAGUUCUACGUCGACGAAGAGGCUGCCGUUGUCCGUGCCGAGGCACCGAAGGCCAGUCGUCGCGAUUUCCUUGCGCACUUCAGACAAUGGAAGAAUGGCAAGAUGCUCCUCAGCACCGCGUACUCUUGGUUUGCUCUUGAUAUUGCUUUCUACGGUCUCGGGCUAAACACUUCGAAUAUUCUCGCCGAUAUCGGCUUCUCUAAGUCAAAUGCUACUGCGCCUGGUCAAUACUGGUACGAAGUCCUGCGCAAGACAUCUGUCGGUAAUAUUAUUCUUGCCGUCGGCGGUCUGAUACCCGGUUACUGGGCGGCCUUCCUCUUCAUCGACUCUUGGGGUCGAAAGCCAAUUCAGCUUAUGGGCUUUGGCGUGCUUACUGUGCUGUUCAUCAUCAUGGGCUUUGGCUACAGCGCCCUACAGCGCACUAGCAGCUCCAGAAACGCGUUCGUCUUCCUCUACUGUCUCACCAACUUCUUCCAAAACUUCGGUCCCAACACCACAACAUUCAUCGUGCCCGGCGAACUGUUUCCCACACGAUAUCGCUCCACUGCUCACGGUAUCUCCGCUGCCUCUGGCAAGCUUGGGACUGUCGUUGCACAGGUCGGCUUCGCUCGCCUUAUGAACAUCAAGAGCGCCGGACGGUGGCAUUUUCUCGACCACAUCUUUGAGAUCUUCGCGUUCUUCAUGCUUACAGGCUUCUUCUCGACGCUCCUCAUCCCCGAAACCAUGAACAAGUCACUUGAGGAGUUGUCAAACGAGGACCAGGAGGCUUUCAUGAACCUCAAGCCUAUCGGUCCUCAGAGAGUCGCUUACUCCUAA